AGGUUCUUCAGUAUUGGUUCUUCAGUAGUGGACUUACCUUUUGCUUUAAGCCCCUGUAGAAUCACAUCUAAAAUUAGUGCUUUACAUGAACAACUGUUCCUGGCGUACUGUUGCCUUGGUGCUUAUAAAAGUUGGUCGAAUUUUUUUUAUGGAAACUUUCAGAAAGCCCUUGAAACCAAGCUCUUCUCUUCUGCUAAACAAUAACAGCAACAGCAACAUCAGAUGGCUCAAAGUAAAAGAGAAGAAGAUGUAGUAAUCAAGCUUGAUGAUGUUAAUGAUAAUAGCAAAAAGAUUAAUAAUGGAAGUUCAAGCAGCAACAACUAUCAACGAAGAAGUGAGUCUGUACGACGAAGAAAUAAAGAGUUGUCGGACCAAGAAAACCACCAAGGGUACUUGAAUUCAGGUGGAGCAGAGGUUGUAAAGUGUAGUUCAAAUGUUUCAUUCCAGCGAGGCCCGUGGAAGUCAGUGAUGAGCAUGACCAAGUCUAGGCUGAUAGAUCCACCAGAGGAACCAUGUCAAAGUUCAGUAAACACUGGAAGAAUGCCUGCGCAAGAUCGAGACUGGGAGGACGAUGAUAUUGAAGACAUCCCGCAGGAGUAUAAGAGAAUGAAAUUCGGCACACUGACAAUACUUCAAUAUGUGAGUCUUGUUUUGAUAAUUGCAGCCUUAGUUUGUAGCCUUUGGUUCCCAAUUAUAAAGAGGCACAUAGUGUGGGAUCUUCCAUUAUGGAAGUGGGAAAUAAUGGUUUUAGCAUUAAUCUGUGGACGUUUAGUCUCAGGUUGGGGAAUUCGAGUGGUUGUGUUCUUUAUAGAACUCAAUUAUAUUUUGCGAAAACGGGUAUUGUAUUUUGUUUAUGGGUUAAGGAAAUCUGUCCAGAAUUGCCUCUGGUUGGGUUUGGUUUUGCUUGUGUGGCAUAGUAUCUUCCACGACAAGGUUAAAAAGGAGACAAAGAGCAAGAUUUUGCCUUAUGUAAAUAAGGUUCUAGUUUGUUUUCUUGUGGGUACCCUAAUAUGGCUCUUGAAAACUCUGCUUGUUAAGGUCCUGGCUUCAACCUUUCAUGUAAACACAUUUUUUGAACGAAUCCAGGAGGCUUUGUUUAGUCAGUACGUCAUCAAAAAUCUCUCUAGUCCGCUGUUGUUUAAAAGGAAUGAUACACAAGAAGAGGAAGCUAUGGCUGAGGUUCAAGAGCUUGAGAAACCUGGUGUUACUUUGCAUUCCAGUAGUAGGAGGGUGAUAGGAAGUAGUAGACUAGUAAAAAGUCCCAAGGUUGAGAAGAAUUCUAGAUUUUCAAGGACAAGCUUUAAAAAAGAAGAUGAGGAGAUCGCCGUUGAUCAUCUGCAUAAGCUGAAUCAGAAGAAUAUAUCAGCUUGGAAUAUGAGGAGGAUGGUUAAUAUUAUCCAGCAUGGGGAUUUAUCCACUCUGGACGAGCAGUUACUGAAUUCAAAAAUUGAGGAUGAAGCUUUGUUGCAGAUUAGAAGUGAAUGCCAGGCAAAAGAGGCAGCCAAGAGGAUAUUUCAGAAUGUGGCAAAGCCAGUGUCGCAGUAUAUUUACCUCGAGGAUGUGAUGCACUUUAUGAGUAAAGAAGAAGCUUUGAAGACAAUGCAUCUGAUUGGAGUAGCAGCUGAGAAUAAGGGAAUCAGCAAGUCCUUCCUUAAGGACUGGAUGGUUAAGGCAUUUAGAGAGAGAAGGGCACUUGCAUUGUCUCUCACUGAUACAAAAACAGCUGUGGAAGAGUUCCAUACUUUGUUGAACAUUCUUGUAGCUAUCGUUAUAUUGAUAAUAUGGCUUAUUAUACUCGGAGUUCCAAUUACCCACUUCCUCGUCUUUAUAAGUUCACAGCUUCUUCUGGUGGUGUUUGUGUUUGGGAAUACCUGCAGAACAGUAUUUGAAGCAAUCAUCUUCUUAUUUGUAAUGCACCCAUUUGAUGUUGGUGAUCGUUGUGAAGUGGAUGGAGUCCAGAUGGUAGUCGACGAGAUGAACUUACUAACUACAGUUUUUUUGAGAUAUGAUAACCAAAAGAUCAUAUACCCUAACAGUAUUCUAGCUACUAAGCUCAUUGGUAACUAUCAUCGUAGUCCAGACAUGGGAGAUGCAAUUGAUUUCUGUAUUAACAUCUCCACCCCAACGGAAAAGGUCACCAACAUGAAAGAAAGAAUAACAAGGUAUAUUGAAAACAAGAACGAGCACUGGCAGCCAGGUCCAAUGGUGAUAAUGAGGGAUGUUAUAGACAUGAACAAACUGAUGAUGUCAGUGUGGCUUACACACAAAAUGAACUAUCAGGACAUGGGGGAGAGAUGGAUUAGGAGAGACCUCCUUCUUGGAGAGAUGAUCAAAGUUUUCAAGGAGCUCAAUAUUGAAUAUCGCCUACUGCCUCUUGAUGUGAAUGUCCAGAACUUGCCCCCUCUGGUAUCAGACAGGCUUCCUUCGACUUGGAAAACUUAUGCUAGCUGAUUAUGUAGGACAAAUAUAGUGAGGCCAACUCCGAGAAUGAGCACUGGCACCCAGCACCAAUUCCUUUUCGGCCUAUGAUGGAAUUGGCAAUGGUUCCCCAUAAGAAUUGUUGGAUUUAGGAAUGAUUUAUGGUGACUCGAGAUAAACUCCUAUAUCCCUAAUAAAACAGAAAUGAAAUACAUUACUAGUUUGUUCUU